AUGGCCCAAAUACAAGAUCAAAGACGCCCCUCAAGGAGUUAUCAAAACAAUCUAAGAAACCCAAACCCACCAGUGUGUUAUAACUGUAGGCGUACUGGGCAUAUCAGUCAUUAUUGUAAUGCCCCCCGCCAGUCCCCAGCCACAAAUAACCCCCCGACAAAUCCCCCGCCAAAUACACCAAACAGCGUUAACUCUCAAGAAACAUUGCUAGCAUUACUAAACUUGAUCCAACAAACAGCCCAACCCGAAAACCAAGAAGAACACCCGAC